UCAAAGCAGGAAGUAACUGCUCCAAACUGUCAACAGUCCAACACAGUACCAGUCACGGAGCUUGAUUCUUUCCCCAUAUUUAUAUUAUUGUAAAUUUAAAGAUAUUUAUGUGACAGUGAUGUCUCGAAAGACCAAAACAGAGGAAUAUAACCGCUUCUUCACUGUGACAGAUCCACGCACACACGAGAAAGGACACACGGAAUAUAAAGUAACAGCAAGGUUUGUAUCAAAGACACAGCCAGAGAAUGUUAAAGAGGUUGUGGUGUGGAAGAGGUACUCAGAGCUGAAGAAAUUACAUGGAGAGCUGGCGUACACUCAUAGGAAUCUGUUCAGACGACAAGAAGAGUUUCCCUCUUUUCCACGAGCCCAGGUUUUUGGGCGUUUUGAUGAGGCUGUGAUUGAAGAGAGGAGGAAAGCAGCUGAAGCCAUGCUGCUCUUCACUACAAAUAUUCCUGCUCUGUACAACAGCCCUCAACUCAAAGAAUUCUUCAGGGGAGCAGAAGUGAGAAGACCAGUGGAGACAGCUGCCAUUUCUACAUCUCUUCCGCCUCCUCUUAUUCCCCUGCCUGAGAGAAACACUGAGCUGCUGGCUGAAGAGGAGACGGGGAGAGAGGCUCCUCUCCAGAUUCAGGAGCUGGAGUCCAACCAAAGACUGACAGAUCUAACCCAACCUGAGUUGGCAGUUGAGGCUCUCAGUGACACGGAAAGCAGCCCCACACAAGAAACACACAGCGAAACGGAAAUACAAGGACUGACAGAAAAAGAGAGAGAGACUGACAUCACAGCACAUCAGAAUAACGGCACAGACCAAUGCUCUGCUGCUGCUACCGACACUACAACACAUGCCUCACUUGAAAUUCCGGGGUCUCCAGUUGACCAGUCAGAGGAGUUUGAUUCACUGUUUGACUCGGGAUUGGACGAACAUUCAUACAAGGCCCCGCCUCCGCUUUCAGAUACAGACCUUGCUAUUUUUGACCCAUGUGCCAAAGAAGAUCAACCGUAUGGAUCACCCAGCCACGCUGAACUCCUGUCCGUUCCUCUAACCAUUCCAGAUGGGACUGAGUCUGCUGGAGAUGUGAGCUAUGUGUACCAGGCCAAUGAAGAGCUGAAGGCCGCCCAGGAAAAAGAGAGAAACGGCGAAUACAGUGCAGCAGUACAACGAUAUAGGACGGCUGUUGAUUUAUUUAUGAAAGGAGUGCAAGGAGAUGUAGAUUUGAAGAGGAGAGAAGCAGUGAAGAGGAAGAUUGCUGAAAUCCUAGAGCAUGCGGAGAGACUUCUCUCCAUACAGACUCCCACUCAGGACCACAAUACAUAGAGAAACAGUUUACACACACACUCAUACAUACUAACUCAAGCUUCAUCAAACCUGGGACAUCCAAGCACACUCCCACAUACGUACUCUCAUCAACUGAGUUUUGACUAACACACACACACACACACACACACACACAUAUUGAAACAAUUCCACCACAGUUUCACUUAAGUGCAACUCGCCGACCACCCACACAGUCAACAUACACACACACACACACUUGACUCCCACACUUACCUUCCCGCUUACUCAAAUAGUUACACUUGUAGGAUAUGUCCAACAGCAUUAUACUCCCUGCACUGUAAGACCACCACAACAGAGUUUAACUUGAUUUGACACUAUUUAACUUAAUAAUCUGAUACAUUUUCUGAGCCUAAAGAACUGGAAAUGUCUGUUUUUAUUUUAUCCAAUGGUUGAUCUGUUGUGUAAAUGAAGCUGUUAUGUAAAUGACUGUUGUUUAAAUGAAGACAUUGCCUUUUCAAUGAAA